AUGGCAGAUCGCGAGGGAGCUCCGGCCUCUGGCCUGUUCACGCCCGAGUUGGCCGCUCGUGUUGUCGCUCUGGUUGGAGUGCACAUGGACCUCAACCUAGAAGCCCAGCCCGCUCCCGAGGGUGUACGUGAGGGGGCUAUCCAGGUAUUUCUCCAAUGCCUGGAAGAGCUCGGCGUUGAGCUUGUCGCUGCGGUCCCCGCCCAGCACAUAGCCCAGCCUCCCGCUCAACCUCCUCCACAACCUCCCGCGCAACCGCCAGUAGCCCAGCCAGCGGCCCAUCUAGUCCAACCCCCCGCCGGCCCUCUGAAGAAGCACGAGGCCCUAUGGGGCCACAAGCUCUUGCCGUCUCUCGGGCGUGACGAGAUGGAAAAGCGGUACAACGCCGCUGAUACACGUUUCUUUAAGAAACGUAAGGACCGUCACCAAAGUGCCCGCCGUGACGGUACGACGUAUCUUGAAACGGCCGCCGAGCUGUUUUGGAGGUGGAAAAAGGAAGGACAUCAACCAACCGCCGCCGAAAGGGACCGCCUAAGGGUAGUCUGUGAGAUUGAACUCACACACGCGUUUGAUAACGCGGACGGCGCUGCGCUUGCGAAGCCAGCGGCCGGUGAGUUUUAUCACGAGGUUUUUGCCUCUUGGUUUAGGGUAGUUUGA